CCACAAUUGUCAAAGCUUUCAACUGACAGCUGAUAUACUUCAAUCGUCCUCUCUUACGAUCUCUACGCACUCUUUCUCGUCACGGUGAAUGACAGACGAAGCAGCAGAAAAGACUUCCUCCUAUUAUUGUUUCGUGUGAUUGUGGUGAUUUUGGAAUUAAGAGAAAGUAGCCAGUGAAACUAGAUUAGUUAUGACAGUGUAAAAAAUGUAGUGUUGCUUCCUACAAAAGUAGUUUAAAAAAAUAUUCUACCUAUUCACUAGUUUAAUUACAGGCAGAGUGUCGUAUCAGUGUAAUCUAUGAAUUGAUAUUUGAACCAUUAAGUUAGGGCGUAAACCAUUCAGUAAUGUUAAUUGUUCACUUAAUUGAGUCUUGUCAUAUACAUCUAGCGAUAAGUCAAUGUCUCUAAACUAGCGUGUGUUAUCACUGUGAUGUUGUAAUUUCUUUCAAGAAUACCGCCAAAUGUAUUAAGAUAGAUUAUACUACGCCCAAAGUGUAAACCACUCUUCCGGAGAGAGGACACUAGAGCAAUGCCUCCAUUGAACAGUUACAACGGUAAUGGCAAUACCAGUGAUAUUAUCUGCUCCCUCACUCAAUCGCAAAUGGCCAUUGAUCAGACGAACGAGUGUACCCCGGGGGGACGGCCACCCGUUUUCAGUUGCUCGCAAUAUUCACAGAAGGUGCUGUUGAACUUAAACGCGUUACGCCAGAAUACGCGUUUCUGCGAUGUGGAAAUUGUAGUCGGCAGUACAACGAUUCAGGCCCACCGAGCAGUACUAAGUGCUGCUUCCGCUUACUUCGAAGCAAUGUUCCGCCCGGAACUGGGUCUCAGUGAGGGGAAACAGAAAUCCGUCACUCUACACUCUAUCCGGGCGGAUAUACUGAUGCUACUAGUCGACUUUAUCUACACCGGACAGGUGGAGAUUAAACAGAGCAACGUUCAGGAAUUGCUAGCUGCAGCGGAUAUGAUCCAACUGUCAGAGGUUGUCGACGGAUGCUGCGAGUAUCUAUGCCGUGAGCUGCACUCUUCCAACGCACUAGGAAUAUUACGAUUUGCCGAGGCUCACAACUGCCGACAGCUGGCGGAGGCGGCCGCCACGUACGUGUACACAAACUUUCCUAAGGUUGCUCUUGAGGAUGAAUUACUGGACAUUCCGCACAUGAUGCUGAUGAAAGUGAUUUCUUCCGAAUCAUUGCGAGUAGAUAGUGAAUUUCAAGUAUUCAAGGCUGCUUUACGCUGGAUCAAGCAUGAUGUCGUUCCUCGCCGGCGCUAUGUCUUCGAGAUAUUGACACACGUUCGUUUGGCACUAGUUCCAGUUGGUCUCAUUGAUCAGGCCGUUGCCGAAUGUCGCGACGUGUCGCUGAAGAUAGCAUUACGAUCGGUCCGGAAAGAUUUGACUUCUAAGCGAGGUCAGUUGGUGCCGCUCCGCGUCUGUCCUCGCGUUUGUGCCAAGAAGAGUAUCUACAUCAUUGGGGGAUCACGCCGAGAGCAAUCAGCCGGAUGGACACCGGCCGACUGUAUAUUUGAAAGUGUCAUCAAGUACGACAUAUUUCGGCGUGAGUGGAUUGAAUCAGCUCCGAUGCAGAUUGGAAGAAUAUUACCAGGGGUGGCAUCGUUAGGUGGAAAAAUUUUCGUAAUUGGCGGUGAGCGUGGAAGCCAGAUUUUAGCGAAUGGAGAGGUCUAUGAUACGCAGAAUAACAAUUGGGAAGCAAUGGCACCGAUGAUUGUGCCCCGAUGCGAAUUUGGACUUUGUGCUUUAGGUGGAACUUUGUAUGCAAUGGGCGGAUGGAUUGGAGAGGACAUCGGGGGUUCUAUUGAGUGCUACGAUCCUAUGAAAAAUGAUUGGAGAAUGGUUGGAGACUUGCCGGAACCUAGGUUUAGCAUGGGCGUUGUCAGCUUUGAAGGUCUUAUAUACAUCGUCGGUGGCUGCACCACUUCAAGUCGUCAUUUGCCUGAUUUGAUAAGCUACAAUCCUGUCACGCAUGAAUGGAAUUCACUUGCUCGAAUGCGAACAGCUCGCUGCCAAAUGGGCGUCACAAUAUUGGACCGACAUCUGUACGUGGUCGGUGGAAACAGUAGUCAACAGGAGGUCCUGUGUACCGUUGAAAGAUAUUCGUUCGACGAUAACUUGUGGUCCGUAGUGGCACCAAUGUCGGUAAGCAGGGCCAGUCCUGCAGUGGCCGCUGCCGAUGGUUUACUGUACGUGGCUGGCGGCGACCAGCCGUGCGAAAUAAAUUUCUAUCGCGCGCAGGUUACGAUAUCAUCUUUUGAGUGCUAUGAUCCUAUCAAUGAUCACUGGAAACAGUGCCCUGACCUGCCAACCAGCCGCUCCGAGGCGGGUGCGGUAGUGGUCUAAAACUAUUUUUUGAUAGCUUUUAUAUCGCUUUUUGUUUAAGUUUAUGAGGUAUAAUAUUUAAAAAUUAACAGUUCUAGUCUACACUUGAAUUUUUUUCUUGAAUAUAGCAAUUUCCGGUUUUUAUUAGGUUGGAUAUAUUAUAAACUAGCACAGCUAUUACCAAUUUUAAGUAAUGUCCAGGUUGUUAUUUUCUUUCAAAGGUGAUUCACUCUCGUUUUUAGGCAUGAAAUAUAGUACCAAAGAUUCAUCACUACACAUUACGCAAGUAGGAGACUAGGUUGAUCACUUUGAAGAAGUAUUGAUUAAUGUCGAAUAAUAAUAGGUGUUUACACAGUGUAUAAACUUAAGCAUCUCAUUAAAUACUUUUCCAAUAAAUAUUUGUUUAUGUCUCAAUA